UGUUUUCCAUUUUCAAUCGUAAAAUAAUAAAUUAUAUCAUGAAUUUUUAGUUAAACCCGCUGUACAACGAAUUAUAAACACGCACAGGUAAAACUUUGAGGUUUUACUUAAUUUAAUUGAAUCUAAGUUAGAUAAACUAGGGUUUCCAAGUCCAGAACAAAUGCAGGGCAGAAAUUCUGUCCGACUCUGAAACUGAAAGAAGCAAGCCAUGGUUUUAACUCAGCUUCUCGGCAGAACAAGAAGACCCUUAAUUGCAAGUCUGAGGAGAUUGAAUCUCCUAUCUUCUAAUGUCAAAGUAGAUUUUCAUCAGAAAAAGGAGGGCAUCAUGAUAAUGAGGAUGGGAUCAUCUUUAGCAUUUGCCUCCAAAGUUCUUCCAACCGACGCUCACCUCUCGCGCCUUUUACAGGCCGAGAUCAAAUUUGAAUUUGACAACGAUCCGCCCGACCAGGUUCAGGUUCAUCGUGAGGAUAUUCCCUUCAGUGUCAAUGACAAGCCGGGAGAGCAAUGGAUGGUAUUGCAACGGAAAUAUGGCAAAGAAGACAUAAAAUUGGAAGUUACAAUGAUUGAUUUGGGUAAAGUCCCAGCUGAAUAUUACCCGGAACAAGCUGGGGAGGAUUAUACCUCAUGUACAAUUACUUUGGCUGUCACAAUAUCUAAAGGCGAGGGAGCUCCAGUUAUGGUAAUAGGAUGUACUGUAUAUCCGAACGAGAUAGUCACUGAUUCUGUAUCAGUGGCAGAAGAGGAAUCUUCUGAACCACAAAUUCAUCAAUCUCCAGAUUUUAGAGAAAUGAGUGGAGAUCUCCAGAUUGCAUUCAGAGGGUACUUGGAAGAACGAGGAAUAAAUAGCAAUCUAGCAAGUAUUUUGUAUGAUUUAAUGUUGAACAAGCGUAAGGUUGAAUAUCUUCGAUGGCUGCAGACUGUUAAAGAUUUCAUAGAAAACCAGGACGAGAUUUGAUAUCUUGCUUUGGGCUUACCGCGGGAAUUCUGGUGUGCACGUUGAGAAAUAAUCUAGAUCUGAAGCAAAAGCAUUUUUUCGUAGAUUUGAAGGUGUCUAGAUUGUUAGAUUCCUUGCUCAAGACUAUCUUUGCUGCAGUCAAAAUAAUGUCUGUUACAAAGACAAUCUUCCAAAUUAACCUUACACAUAUCUAUUGACAAAGCCUGUAGUCCAAGAAAGCUAUUCUUGUUGCUGCAAAUAAGACUAUUUCUGUGCAGCGAAAUUAACUACUGCCGUGGAGAUAUGAUUUUUCUGAAUUUUGUCUUUUGCAUAUUAUACAAUCAAGAGAAAAGGCUCCUUAUUUCCGAAGUACUCUAGUUCAGGAAAACUUUUCCUGUUCCUGGAAAUGAUGAUGCUAGUUUUUUGGGGGCAUGCUCUAAAACGUUGCUUUCUAGAAUGUUUCACUUUGAUGGAAAAUCCUGUGUACCUAAAAACGUGUUGAUAACACUAAGGAUAUGUUAAGGGGAUAUUUUUAUUGCU